AUGGAGCGCCCACCUCCAACCCCUGCUGGGCCGGUGGGGCACAAGGAACAGAGCAGCUGCAUCACUGCUGCGGCGCUCCAGGCUUGUCCACAGCAGCAGCAGGACCGGGAACCUCUGGCAGGCCCAUCCAUGGCAGCAGCGGCACCUGGGAGCCAUGCUGGGCCCGUCCGCAGUGACAGCAGAGCCCUUCUGCAGCCAGGCUGGAAGGGGAGCGAUGAUAUAUGGAGGAACACAAAUGAGGGAGAGCCAUCACAGGUGUCCUCUAAAAGUGCCAUAGAGGGCAAGAAACUGCAUAGCUGCUCAGUCUGUGCCAAGAACUUUUAUCAGAAAUCAAGCCUUGUUCAUCAUCAAAGAAUCCACACAGGGAAGAAACCUUACCAAUGCUUGGAUUGCGGAAGGAGCUUCAGUCAGAGAAGCAGCUUAACUUCCCAUCAAGGAAUCCACAUAAAUCAGAAAUUGUACAAAUGCUUGGAAUGUGGAAAGAGAUUCUAUUGGAGAAGCGGUCUUACUUCUCAUCGUAAAAUCCACACAAGGGAGAAACCACAUAGCUGCUCAGCAUGUGGCAAGAGCUUUUCUGAAAAAUCAGGCCUUACUCAACAUCAGAAGAUCCACACAGGAGAGAAGCCACAUAAAUGCUUGGAGUGUGGAUACACCUUCAACACCAGUGCACACUUCCAUCGACACCAAUUAAGCCACAGAGGAGAGAAACCAUAUGGAUGUUUGGAUUGCGGAAAGACCUUCAGUCGGCAUGACACCCUCAAUUAUCAUCAAAGAACCCACAAAGAGAAGGAACUGUAUAAAUACUUGGAAUGUGGAAAGGACUUCAGAGGGAGCAAAUGCCUUGGCCAACGUAAAAAAAUCCACACAGGGGAGAAACUGCAUAGCUGUUCAGAUUGUGGAAAGAACUACACUCUUAAAUCAAGCCUUAUUCAACAUCAGAUAAACCACACAGGUGAGAAACCUUAUCAGUGCUUGGAGUGUGGAAAGCGCUUCACUCGGAAAAACACCUUAACUGCCCAUCGAGCAUUCCACACAAAAGAGAAGUUGUAUAUAUGCUUGGAAUGUGGAAACAGAUUCAUUUGGAAAAGAUCUCUGGCUUCUCAUCGCAAAAUCCACACAAAGGAGAAACCAUAUAGCUGCACAGCCUGUGGCAAGAGCUUUUCUCAAAAAUCAAGCCUUACUCGACAUCAGAAGAUCCACACAGGAGAGAAGCCAUAUAAAUGCUUGGAGUGUGGAUACACCUUCAACAACAGCGCACACUUACGUCGACACCAACUGAGCCACACAGGAGAGAAACCCUAUGGAUGCUUGGAUUGUGGAAAGACGUUUGGUCGGCGUGACACCUGCAAUUUGCAUCAAAGAACCCACAAAAAGAAGGAACUGUAUAAAUGCUUAGACUGUGGAAAGAUCUUCUGUUUGAAAAGCACUCUUACUUCUCAUCAUAAAAUCCACACAAGGGAGGUAACAUAUUGCUGUUUAGUGUGUAGCAAGACCUUCUCUUCUAAGUCAAAUCUUACUGCACAUCAGAAGAUCCAUACAGGAGAGAAAUCAUAUAAAUGUUUGGAUUGUGGACGCAGCUUCAGACGCAGCACACACUGCAGUCGACACCAAGAAAUCCACAGAAGAGAGAAACAAUAUUUAUGCAUGGAUGAUACUCUCAAUCACCAUCAAAGAAUCUACAAAGAAGAAUCUGUGUAA